AUGGAAAAUCAAACACAGAAUUUGACACCAAAUAUUAAGUGCGAAAAUAAAAUAAUUUAUAAGACCGAUACUAAUGGUGAACAAGAACAACCUGAUAAAACUGUACAGUCAGAUACCCAAACAAAUCAAUAUAAAUCAUUUUUUGCAGGAUGUUCACUUGGAUCUGAAAAUUUUGAGUUUGCUCGUUGGAUGGAUUCACGAGACGAUAGUUAUUCUUUAUGGUCAACUGAAAAACAUCGAUAUCAACUGCUUUCAUAUAUCGGUAAAAUCUAUGGACAAAAACAUAAUAUUCAUCAUGUAUUGGCUCCACUAAGAAUUGGCUUUAAUAAGUCAGGUGCUCAAAAUUCACUUCGGGAAUGGCAAUCGCAAACUCGACCUGAUCAUCGUGUAGUCGAAAUCAAGGCUAUGUUUGAGUUCAAUCGUACUUGUCCAUCAUCACUUGGUGAUUUGAAGAUGUCAUCAUCAUCAUCUGAUUUAAAAGAGAUUAUUAAUCGUGCAUCUAUAAAUGCCUAUUUUGAUAUGAUUUGUCGUGAUGCUGAUAAUCAGGUGGAUCUCAUAACAUGUUUCGUCACUCUUCAUCAUGUUCCUCAUUUGGAACCAAUACUUGCUGAGUUUGUUCGUAUUUUACGAUCAGGUGGUUAUCUUAUUAUACGAGAACAUGAUUGCAAAAAGGUGCACUCACUUACAGCUAAAUAUCUUAAUUUUGUUCAUGCUUUCAUGAUGAUUGCACGUGUUGGUGAAUUUGCUGAUUCAAGAGAAAACAAUUUGAAAAAAGAUCAAGUUGAAUCUGAUGACGAUUCUGUAUGUUAUACAACUGAGUGGAAACAACAAAAAUUAAAAAUCAUUCAAUAUACGAGUUCAAUUCAAUAUCGAACACGUGCUGAAUGGCAGCAAAAAAUAGAGAAUGCUGGUUUUCGUCUUAAAGCUACACUUGAUUAUGAUCUGAAGAUAACGUCUAAUCCUCAAGCGUUAUAUUAUGCUGUUUUUCAACUGACUGCCAAGUGA